GUCACGACAUGCGUUGUAAUUCCACGGACCGUGACCGUGCCCCCUACACGCUCGACCACUGCGGCUGUUACACCAUUCCUGGGUUAAUCAUCGUCCCCUUGGUGCUGAAAGACAGAACAUUAAUCGGAGAUGGCGACCGAUGACUUGGAAAUGAAUUGCGAUGCGGACCCGAACGGCGAGACGGAGGCUACACUGCCAAACAACCAAAGGAGGCCGAGGAGACCCAUGAACAUGAACCAUUAUGCCAAUAAGAAGAGCGUGGCACAGAGCAUGUUGGAUGUGGCGUUGCUAAUGGCCAAUGCCUCGCAGCUGAAGGCCGUGUUGGAGCAAGGCCCAUCUUUCUCUUUUUACACGCCACUCAUCAUUCUCAUCAGCAUCUCCCUCACCCUGCAAAUAUUAGUAGGAAUUAUGCUCAUUUUUAUCGUCAAGUGGAACCUGAAUGAUGAACGAAUGCACUAUAGGUUGAAUGUCCUGGAGAAUUUGACCACAGCCUUUGUGUUUGUCAUCGUCGUGGUCAAUGUCUUCAUCACUGCCUUCGGCGUCCAGCGACCCAACACGACUGCAUGACCUGAAACUUUGAAAUCUACAUCAUCUGUCUAGCCUGUGGAUUUACCCAACAUGCAUUUGCACUCAUGAACAGUUUAUUUUCCUUGCCUACAAACUGUCUCGCAGAUACACACACAGAUGCGUUUAUCCUGGAAUUUGACCUGGCAUGCUCGGGGAAAGCAAAAGUACACCGAGGAUCAAAUGAUGCGGUCAAGCGAACACAAUCCACUCUACAAUGACUGUUGAUUUUGUAACUCUGGGCAGUAUUGGACUUUUUGUUAUGUUUUUUUUACAUAAACAUACUAUUUUAAAAUUUCUAAUAUCAUACUCAGGUCACUUUGACUAAAACAACUGCCUUUUCAUACGAACACAUUUGUUACUGUUAACCACGGAGUGUAGUUCGAAUUUAAAGGGAUGCCCAUGCACGCUUCAAACAGGUUUUGCCUUACCGCAUGUCUGACCUCAUGAAGUGAACAAGUUAUACACUUGACGUGACUUAAAAGCUUUAUUUCGCUGAUCAUGUUGUAAGCAUCAAGCAAGAUUCGGAGGUAUUUGUUUUGCUGUUUACUAUAUGUGCUAUGCAACCACUACUGUGUAUUUAAAUGAGUAACAUGUAUAUUUUAGUUAUAGCCUUCAUGUGUCUGUUCAAUUAUUGGGAGUAUAUGUUUUUAUAGCAUUUUCUAAGGACUGAAAUCUUUUUGAGAUUUUACUGUAUGACAUAAUAAACACUGUGACAACUAUUUUAAAUUAAAGUAUGACCAAAACAAACAGCUGUUAUCU